GACUGACAUCCGCUGUUAUGAGACACUUAAAGGAAGGCAUUGGUGGGCUUUGUACUGUACACGCGUGUCGACGCAGACCCUCCACUGAUUCACCCGUGCGUGAGAUGAACUUUUCCUGCAGACUGUCAUCAGUAAAGACAUAAAGGAAGACACAGCAGGACUCUCUCUCACACACACACACACACACACACAGUGUGUAUCUGUAAUGUCAGUGAGUGUGUCAGUGUCGCGCAGCAACGCCGCUAUAAAGGCUCCUCUUCUUUAAUCAUCCUCGGGUGCAGUUAUGGAUGUCGAUCAUUCAAAGGCACCAGCUGACCGGAGAGACUGUUCUCUGAAGCCGCUGGACCUCAAGGCGAUCCCCGAGAAGAUUGUGGAUGGGAGACCGACGUGGAGUGGACGCCUGGAGUUCAUCCUGGCGUCGGUGGGCUACGCGGUGGGAUUGGGCAACGUGUGGAGGUUUCCUUACCUGUGCUACAGUAGUGGUGGAGGUGCCUUCAUGAUCCCAUAUCUUACCAUGGUGCUCCUGUGUGGCAUUCCUCUGCUCUUCAUGGAGUUUGCAAUCGGACAGUACACUCGUUUAGGGCCAGUGCAUGCUCUCGCCAAAAUCUGCCCUUUAUUCAAAGGUGUUGGUCUGGCCACAGUUGUUAUCUCCUUUGUGUUCACCACGUACUACAAUGUGCUCAUGAGCUGGUCACUUUACUAUUUCUUCAACUCAUUUGAGGCGACACUUCCUUGGAAAUCCUGUAACAACACUUGGAACGUGGUCGAAAACUGUUCCCGUGGCUUCGUCGACAGUGACGCAUACCUGCAGUCUGCCAGCCAGCAGUUCUUUGAUCACAGGCUUCUGGAGAAAACUGCCGGCAUUGAAGAAAGUGGUGGCAUUCGCUGGGAACUCUUUGGCUAUCUCAUUUUUGCCUGGGUCAUCGUGUAUCUAUGCAUAUUUAAAGGAGUCAAAUCCACUGGCAAGGUUGUGUAUUUCACCGCCAUAUUUCCGUACUUUGUCCUGUUCGCCCUGCUCAUCAAUAACUUGCAGCUUCCCGGAGCCAAAAAAGGGAUCCUCUACUUUGUGACACCAGUCUGGAGCAAGCUGUUCACAGUGAAGGUUUGGGUUAACGCGGCUGCCCAGGUGUUUAACUCCAUUGGAAUAGCGUUUGGUUCCCAGAUUUCGUUGGCUAGUUACAACAAGUUCAACAACAACAUUCUCAGGGAUACUUUGAUUGUGUCAUUAACCAAUUCAUUCACUAGUAUCCUGGCUGGCUUUGUGAUUUUCUCAGCCGUUGGGUACAUGGCUCAUAUAUAUAACCUCCCAGUGGACAACAUUGCUACAGAUGGUCCUGGAUUGGUGUUUGUUGUUUACCCUGAAAUCCUGUCCACCAUGCCUGUCUCCCAGUUGUGGGCCCCUCUGUUCUUUUUUAUGCUUCUUUGUCUGGGGCUUGACAGUCAGUUUGCAACCGUUGAGGUGGCUGUGGCCUUCGUUAAAGACGAGUACGGCCCCAGGAUUCUGCGGUAUAUAAAACGAGAGGAGCUGAUCACCCUGGCUGUGUGCCUCCUCUCCUUUCUCUUAGGAAUCCCUCACAUUACAAAGGGAGGAGUCUACGUGUUUCAGCUGAUGGACCACUACACUGCCGUGGUUUCUCUCGUCUUCUUGGCUUUCUUUGAAGUCUUAGCUGUCUGUUGGAUCUUUGGAGUCUCUCGUAUCUCGAUAAUGAUCAAAAAGAUGCUGGGGAAAGCUCCAAACCUCUACUUUCGCAUGUGUUGGAUGGUGCUCUGUCCCAUAUUGAUGCUGGUGAUACUGAUCUCCAGCAUUGCCCAGUACACUCCCGUUCACUAUGGGAAGUACAGUUACCCGGCAUGGUCUGAGUGGGUGGGCUGGGCCGUGUCACUUGUCUCCAUAGUGUGGAUCCCACUCGGUGCUAUUCAAGAGAUCUGCAAAAACAAAGGCUCCUUCCGUCAGAGGCUGAAAACGGCCAUAACUCCCACAGUAGACCUGGGUGCUGAGUAUCCCUCGUCGGAAAAACAGAAUCUAGACCUGCAGAUGUCUGAAACCUUGUUGAGUUCAGUGGCGUGACGAGACAGGAGCCAAAACCGAAGACACAGUUCCAUGUCGAAUAUUGAACAUGUUGAAUGUGUUGAACUAUAUUGGCUGUGGUAUACAUAUAUAUAUAUAUAUAGAUAUAUAUAUAUACAUAGUGUUCGGGGAUGUAAAAAUGUAAUGUGAUGUAAAAUUUCAAAUUGAUCUUAUUUGUUCUACCAAAGGAUUAGGUCUUUAGUUUAUCCUGAAUCCGCUGUAGUGCUUCACUGUAUUUAUCAAGCUGAAUUCAACAGGAUGAAAAUAUCCCCUUACACUUUAAACAAAGUUAACAUUGAAAAUUUGAGAUUUUGUCCAUCAGCCAAAGGCUAACUUAUUUAAUUUGAUUUAGACAUGAGUGUCCAUUUUCACUCUCUAGAGACUAUGCACAUGUUUGUUCUAACCAAAGUGUCACUGGUGACACACACACGGGGGGGGGAAUGACCUUAAAUGCACUAUUGGGAAACAAAUCCAAAAUGGGGAAGGCCAGAAGAUCAGAGUCCAAAAACAGGAAAAGAACAAGCAGACCAAAACAAAACCUAAGCACAGGAAGACACGGGAGCACUCGACCAAACAUAAAACAAUGACACAUUCAAUUUUAUAUAUACUAUGUGGAAUAAUGAUAAAAUAACAAGACUCAGGUGCUAAAGAAAAAGUGGCGGGAAAUCAAUCAGAGACAGGAGGUGACUCACAAUAGACACACAAGUACAGCUAUUUCAAAACAAGGUAGGUUUAACAGAGCUGCAGAUUAUUAUGUAAAGAUUAGAAGUUAAAUGACUAUGUCCUCUCCUUUGGUUUAUUAAUAGGUGAAACUGUUGGUGCCACAUUUUCCUUUAGCAACGUUUGAUAAAAGUGCAGUUUUAGUUCAGUUCAGAGUUUUUAAAAGCCUGGACAACAAAAAACAAACGGAAAAACAACCAACAAGAAACCCAAAAUAUUUGAUUUAAAGCACACUGUAAAAAGCAAGUACAAUCAUUCGGUGACUGGGUGAUUCACCCUCAGUUUGUCUCAGAGUUGACUGAACGUUAGUGCACCAUUUUAAGUGAAGACGCAAAUGUGUGAAACAGUUCUCAGUGUUGUGUUUGACGUCAUUAUUAUUAUUUUUAAACUUGAAACAUGAUGCUGGUGACUCCCAAGAAUCUUAAGAGUAAUUAGUGGUGCCUUUGAAGAUUUACUGCUAUAAAGCUGAUUUGAGUCAUUGAGCCGUGCAACACUUAGUGUAUCUGGUAUUAUGGUCUGUCUCUCCAUUUGGUUGCAUAUUAUAUUGACCCAAAUCUUGACACAGUUUAAUGUCACGCUUCAUACCGGUGAACGCUAGCCUAGAAAUCUAGACGUCCCAUCUAGAAAAAUCCAAACUCUGGUUUGGCCAAUCAAAUCGCGUAUGGAGUCGGUGGGCGGGCUUAACAUAAUGACGACAGAGUUGCGACCACUCCGCGUGUAGUCCCCUGCCGGUCUCUGGGUUAGGGUUAGGGUUAUGGCAGAACCUUUUCGAUGGAGUAAGCUCACGGUCUGGUUUAUCCGAAUUACCUGUCGUGGUUUCUACUGCGGAGGCAUCCUUGUUCUUUUUCAUCCUCCACCCCAUCUCUACUGCACCGGCGGCAAGUCACGUUCAAGUCUCGAUAAAAGGGUGAGACGCCGCCAUUUGUGUGAGCCUUGACCAAACAUCUUGAUGUAGGUCUGCGUUUGCCAGGCUAGGUGAACGCUUAGUUUGGCCCAAAUGUCCGACUUAAACUCUAAGAAGUAUUCAUCUCUUUUGCGACAAACUGUAUGGGAUCUCAGAAAGUGUAAGUUCUGUCUUUGCACUGGGAGUUAAAUGUACUGUAAGUCAGUGUUUAGACUUUACACUCUAAAUUCAGCUUUGGUGAUGAACUACCUCGGCCGGAAAUGACCUGAGAAGAUGCAGUCUGUGGAAACGCCAAUGACUUCUGUCCUACAGUACACGCUCUUGUUCAUGGCCUUAGUCUUACGAGGUAGCUUAUUAAAUAACACCAUGUGCCUUUUUAAUCCAAAAAUACUCCUUGCAUAUGCUCAUUUUGUACGGUAGAUGUUGCACAUUAUUGUAAAGUGGUGUUUGAAACAACAACAACAACAACCCAGAUGGUUACACGUUUUGAAGUUAAACGCGCUGUCGUUGAAAUUUCGUGUCUGUAUCAUAUUUUGCACAAGAUACUAAUCGGAUUGGCAGAGUUAAUCUGGUAAAUCUGGAGAUUAAAAAGAGCUUGUAUUUAAUAUUUCACAAAAGGAGGCAGCUGUUUCAAAGAAACUGAUGUUACUUCAUAUGUAUGUAUAUAUAUAUAUAUAUAUAUAUAUAUAUAUGUAUAUGUAUAGAGAGAGAGAGAGACAACCGAAAUUUAUAUUUGUUGUGAUACUGUAUACUGUAAUCUGCAUUAUUUUACUUUAUCAUUCAGUGACUCGUUGUCAGAGGCCCUUUCUUACAAAAUAAUAGGUCAAUGUUUACACCUUUAACAACUUUGUCAAAUUGUAAAUUGUAAGUGAACUCAAUAACCUUUGUUAAGACAUGUACUAUCACGCACUGAAUAUGUAACCACAGUAAAACAGUGGUAAAACUGCUGCUGCUGCUGCUUUGCGGGUUGAUUUUAAGAAAGCCAGCAUCAGGUUGCCUCAUGAUUGUAAGCAGAGAUUGCUCAAGAAACCAUGGUGCAGGAAAUAACACUUUUCAACACGCUAUACUGCAAAAUCUUAAAUGUAAACUGAAUUAUUCAGUGUAUGUCGUUGUGACACUGCCGUGCGACCCCAGAUUUGUUGCGCAUUAGCAACCGUACUUGUGGAAACAUUGGUAUGAUUUUAUUUUAUAACCUUCACUGUUGUUUUCAUGUAUUUUUGUCUGGUUUUAAAUCUUUUUGUCUUUUUUUUGUACCUUGUGUCUGGCAAUAAGCUGACAUGUACAGAACUAUUUUCUCAUGUUUGUCAAACCAAAUAUCACUUACUUUUACCAAUUAUUUGUUGAAUUAUCAUGUGAUUGAGCAGGUGUUACAACCAGGGGGGUGGGACAGAACAGUCAGGACUAAUCAGCUUCAAGGAUCCACCUGGACACACACUUGUACAACAUUCUUAGUGAGGACACUCAAAGACCUUUAACCCUUAGAUACGCCUUCAAAAAAGUUACAUUAACACACCUAGAGCACCAAAAUGUGUUCAUAAAAUAUACAGCUAUAAAAGUUGUAUACAUUUUUUUAUUAUUAUUUUAAACCAGCAUCAGUCCUCAUCAUACAUUAAAUUGCCAGGUUUUUGUCAUGAUGCAUCAAAAAUGUUAGUUAACGUUGUUUACAAUAGACAGGCAUGUAUUUUUGUAAUUUUUUCAUGUAUUGGCAUACAUUUUUUAAAGUAAGCAUGAAAAAAAAUUAUAAAAUAUUCUAGAGAUUAAAAGCCAAGUGUGUCUAGGUGUGUAAGGGUUAAACUCAGAAUGUGACUUCCUGUGGUUUUUUAAGUGUUUUGGUCCUCACAAAGACAUACCUACAAGUACAGAGACACACACACACACACAUGCUGAAAGAGAGGUACAGAAACAAGGGAGGAGAGAGAGAGGGCCACGCUGGCUUUGUAACACCAUGUGUUUGUUUAUCCUUUCUUUAUUUCUCAUCCUAUUUUGUAUAUUGCCUUGUGAUGUGGGAGAAAUGUCAAAAAAUAAAAUGCCUUCAUUUCUCUGUG